AACGUCUGCGCAGUAAGCACUUCUUCCUUCGUGUUCCUCAUUCCCGGGCAAGAACCGCCCCGCGACACUGUGGCUUGCGCUGGAAGAAGCGGAAGAAGAUGGCGCUCACCAGCUUUUUACCUGCGCCCACUCAGCUAUCUCAGGACCAACUUGAAGCUGAAGAAAGAGCAAGAUCUCAGAGAUCACGGCAGACCUCUUUGGUCUCUUCACGAAGGGAGCCUCCCCCGUACGGGUACCGGAAAGGCUGGAUUCCUCGCUUGUUAGAGGAUUUUGGAGAUGGAGGUGCUUUCCCAGAAAUCCAUGUGGCCCAGUAUCCCUUGGAUAUGGGGCGAAAGAAAAAAAUGUCGAAUGCACUGGCCAUACAGGUGGAUCCUGAAGGGAAAAUCAAAUAUGAUGCUAUCGCUCGACAGGGGCAGUCCAAAGACAAGGUCAUUUACAGCAAAUACACUGACCUGGUUCCAAAGGAGGUUAUGAAUGCAGAUGACCCAGACCUGCAAAGGCCUGAUGAAGAAGCUAUUAAGGAGAUAACAGAGAAGACAAGAGUAGCCCUGGAGAAGUCCGUAUCGCAGAAGGUUGCUGCAGCCAUGCCAGUUCGUGCAGCUGACAAGUUGGCUCCUGCUCAGUAUAUCCGCUAUACACCAUCUCAACAAGGUGUAGCAUUCAACUCUGGAGCUAAACAGAGAGUUAUUCGGAUGGUAGAAAUGCAGAAAGAUCCAAUGGAGCCACCAAGAUUCAAGAUUAAUAAGAAAAUUCCUCGGGGACCACCAUCUCCUCCUGCACCUGUGAUGCAUUCUCCUAGUCGGAAGAUGACUGUAAAGGAACAGCAAGAGUGGAAGAUCCCCCCGUGUAUUUCCAACUGGAAGAACGCAAAAGGUUAUACAAUUCCUCUGGAUAAGCGGCUGGCUGCUGAUGGAAGAGGACUUCAGACUGUGCACAUAAACGAAAAUUUUGCCAAACUGGCUGAAGCUCUAUACAUUGCUGAUCGGAAGGCUCGUGAAGCUGUGGAGAUGCGAGCCCAAGUGGAGAGAAAGAUGGCUCAGAAAGAAAAGGAGAAGCAUGAAGAGAAACUUAGAGAAAUGGCCCAGAAAGCCAGAGAGAGGAGAGCUGGGAUCAAAACCCACGUGGAAAAAGAGGAUGGAGAAGCACGCGAAAGGGAUGAAAUCCGUCAUGACAGGCGAAAAGAGAGACAGCAUGACCGGAACCUUUCCAGGGCAGCCCCUGAUAAAAGGUCAAAACUACAAAGAAAUGAAAAUCGAGAUAUCAGUGAAGUCAUUGCUCUUGGUGUGCCCAAUCCUCGAACUUCCAAUGAAGUUCAGUAUGACCAGAGGCUCUUCAACCAAACCAAGGGUAUGGACAGUGGAUUUGCAGGUGGAGAAGAUGAAAUUUAUAAUGUUUAUGAUCAGGCCUGGAGAGGUGGUAAAGAUAUGGCUCAAAGCAUCUACAGGCCUAGUAAAAAUCUGGACAAGGAUAUGUAUGGUGAUGACCUAGAAACCAGGAUAAAGACAAACAGAUUUGUUCCUGAUAAGGAGUUUUCUGGUUCAGACCGUAGACAGAGAAACCGAGAGGGGCCAGUUCAGUUUGAAGAAGAUCCUUUUGGUUUGGACAAAUUUUUGGAAGAAGCCAAACAGCAUGGUGGUUCUAAAAGACCUUCUGAUAGCAGUCGCCCUAAGGAGCAUGAGCACGAAGGCAAGAAGCGGAGGAAGGAGUAGAUAGGAUCCUCUCCUGAAAGCCAGUGGACUCUGUUCAGACCCUGAUGAUGCAGAUCAUUGGGAAACUCUUUGUAAACCAUCAGGAUAAAAACCAAAUCUGGGCGGGAGAGCCCAGCACUACUUUUUAUUCCAGGAGAUGGGGGGGGGGUGGAUAUUCUACUUUGGAUUAGUUUUUUUUUUUUAAAGAAUGGGUUAUGUUUGUGCUUCUCCCAUCGUGCAGCACUUAUAGGAAAUACUACCUGCCCCACAGAGAAUUAAGACCACUUCUUGUAUCUGACAUUUUAAUAUUUUGUGUAAGAACUUUCUGAAUAAAAUUACCCCAAAACA